AGGCCUGCAACCCUGGGCUCGUCACAAACUUUCAUUUAAACAGGCAUCGGUAGAAAUCCGCCGAGCACCACAGUGACACACACGCCCCAACACAGGAGGGACAGGAUGUGCUCGCUAAUGUCAGGAAAAGUGGAAAACCAAAUCUGAGAGAGGCAGAAGAAGCAAGACGAGGAGCAAGAGUGAACUGGAUGGGAAUUUAAGGGCCUACAGGACUGGAUCAGCAGGAUAAGAAACUUUUCCACCUGUCGGUGCUGAAAGCUCUUGUUGGAAGGCUGAUGUCUGGGAUCCAACAUUUAAAGGAAAACAGUUUGGAGGAGACCUUGACUUUGAACUUUUGAUUCACCGGAUUCAAGCAAGGGAAGAAUAAGAAUAAUAAGGACAUACAUUUUAUUAUUAAAUGGGAUAAAGACUGUUAAAUUAUUCUUCAGAACUGUAAGUGGAUUAUUUGGCACAAAGUUUAAGACAACAAAUCCAAUCUUGAUCAAAACUACAAUUUAGUUUUUAAGUGCAUGUCUCUUAUUUUGUUAAGAUUGAUGCAAAACUUAUACACAGCUGUGUGUAGGUGUAACCUGAUCUUCCACUUCUUUAAUUACAAAGCAAGUUAGGAAAUUACAGUGGUUUGUGAUUAAGGACCAUCUGGAAAAGGAAGGGUGAGGUCCAUGUGAAAGAGUAGUGUAGGCCACAAGAGCACCAGUACAGAGAGCACGAUUAACACCAAGAAAAGCCUCUGGAAGACAUCAUGGAUUCUCAUGGAGGACACUACCUCAACAAAGACGCGGUACUGUCACCUCUGGGCGCAGCCCGGAUAUGCCAGCUGGUGCUCGGCUGCACCAUAAUGGCCCUGGUGUCCCACGGUGCGGGCUACAGCGCCAACUACGGGAUCUUCUGCAUGUUCGUGUGGUGCUUCUGCUUCGCGGUCACUCUGGUUGUGUUCACGUUGGACAUCACGAGGCUCCACACCUGUAUGCCGAUUUCCUGGGAUAACUUCACCGUGGCUUUUGCCAUGCUGGCCACGCUCAUGUACAUCACUGCCUCUGUGGUCUACCCUGUGUACUUCCUCGAGACAGAUGACCCCGUUGAAGACGCUGAUGCCCACAUCUACCGUAUUGUUGUCACCAUCUGUUCCAGCAUUUGCAUCUUCCCGUACGGAGUGGAGGUGUUCCUAACAAGAGCGAAACCCGGAGCUGUGGUGGGUUACAUGGCCACUGUGUCAGGUCUGCUCAAGGUGGUCCAGGGGUUUGUGGCCUGCAUUAUUUUUGGAGCCCUAGAGAACGACAGUGAAUACAACCUGUACAUCGCCACGCAGUACUGUGUUGUGGUUUACAGCCUGUGUUUUGCCAUCACCGUGAUUGUCGUCGUGCUGACCGUGUCUGGUAGAACGUCUGCCCUGAAGUUCCCAUUCGACCGGUUCGUGGUGGUCUACACCUUCUUUGCCGUGAUCCUUUACUUAAGUACGACACUGAUCUGGCCCAUCUUCAGCUUCGAUAAGAAAUAUGGCAACACCACUCGUCCUGAGGUCUGCCCACGUGGACAGUGUCCCUGGGACAGCAAACUGGUUGUGGCUGUCUUCACCCAUGUCAACUUGGUGUUAUAUUUUAUCGACCUUAUUUACUCUCAAAGGAUUCGCUUUGUUUCCAGCUCUGCAGCGUGAAAAACAUUAUUCCCUAGAGACAAUUACAGAUUUUGUGAAGAACUCUUUACACUUAUUCUAUAAGUUAAUGGUGUUAUUUAUGAAUGACGUGUUAUUAUCAGUAUUAAUUUAGUGCUGAAUGUGUAUAUUUCAUGUUUGUAUUCUAGUAGAAACCAUAUAUUUCAUUUAAUUGUGUUUAAAAAAAUCAGGUCUAUAAAAAAAACUUCUCCAGAAGUGUCUAACAAGUGAAGUUUUGAGUAUGUGCUGAUUUUGGAUUUAAAUUUAAUUUCAAGACAUUUUGCUAUAUUUAUAUUUUUUUCUGUUUGUAAUAAAUCCCUAACAAAGAAGAUUAAUUUUAUUGUUACAGAAUGUAUCAAUGGUGCUGCAACACCAUUAGCUUCCCUACUUCCCUUAUGUCUAAACUUUUUUUAUAUUUUUAUUUUACUAUUAUUAUUCAUUUUUUUGAGGGGGGGACACAUGGAGUAUCAAACUCCUUUAUGUCACAGUACAUGCUGAACAUAAAAUAAGAGUAGCAUUCCUUAUUCGGUGUUAUGUAUGUGUGUCACGUUCAAUUAAAUGCCAUCUUUAGUUUGGA